CGCGUCGACCAUCGCGUGCGCAUCGCAUGGCCACAGCAUCUCCCAGGCCGGGCACAAUAUCACGAUUCAGGAGAGGUCUCGACCGUUGCGCAAUGGUCGACUAUCGAAUUGGUUUGAUUGUGCAGCGGCGGAACGAGCCUCCUGAGGCGUUGUGCCCGUCGCCCAAAUCAGUAGGUGGGAUGUUGAUACGCGAGACUGCUGCUGCUCGGCUAGAAUAUCGCGACCCUCACACGACUGACGACACCGACCUGCCCAUGUCACCCUCUCUCACGCGUGUUCACAUCUCACCAGCCUGUUGAUGCGCGUGGCCAAGCAGUUCGCCAGCCAUUGGGCCGAACGUCGGACUGCACAAUACGGCCCGAAAGCGCCAUUACCACCACCGUCGAGCAACUAGCAAGGAGGGGGAAAAACGACUCACGACCGACUACUGCCAGACGAAUAUCGUGCUCACGCAUCUGCUCCACUUUGCGCUGCACAUAUAAAUCACGGCGUUCGUCUUCGGAGACAUAUGCAGUGAGGAACUUCUAAAAACACCAUGGCACCCCACCAGGUCCAUCUCCCCAACGGCCAGACGCUGAAUGUGACUCCGGUCUUUGGUGGGUUGUACUUCAAGUCGAAUGACUUGAGUCACCACCACAACGUGUUCCCUCCCGGCUGGACCAUUAUCCUGAACUGCGAGGAUGACAAGGACGACGGCGAAGCAGCGCGCAACCCAGAUGGAACGACCGACUCAGAUGCGCAGCCACAGAAGAAGCAGGGAACAUAUCGUUACAAGCAGCCCAGCUUGAAAAAUGAUCAUCUAUACAUAUCCUCAAUCUCGAAUCCCGCCUCGACCGAGUUCAAGCCCCCGACGAGCCCAACGCGACAAAUUGCCAUGAUGCUGUGGGCGACCUUGUAUUGGUAUUUCCACCAGAAAGAGCCUGAGCCGCAAUUGACCACCUCUGCGUCAGAGAAGACUCCCAACGCUGGCAAGCCAAAGGGUGAAUGGAGGAUAUACAUCAAUAAAGAAGGCAUCUUCAAGAGCAGACAUCUCCUUCCCAAACUCGAGAGAAUGGGCCUCAUUGCUUCUGAAGACUCUUCAGUCGGCCUUGACCCAGCAGAUGGUCUAAGCAACCCGACUGAGGGCUGGACCAACAUGUUCGUGUCGCGAAGGAGCUUCUGGCAAAUGGACCCGAGGAUAUAUCUCUUCACCCUCACUCCAAUGCAGACCAAUUCUCCGUACCCGUCUCUCAGCCCUGCUGGAAGUAGGCCAUCUAGUCCAAACAGAGGCAACAGGACUCACGACGCAGAAGGUGGCACUCAUUUACGCGACAUGGCAGCAUCGCAGUCGACGUUAAUCAAUCGCGCAGGCACGCCACCGGGACCGUUCCACUCUUCAUCGCACUUGCCAACAUACUACCCGCCUGCUCCACUGCAGUACGGCUUCACGAACAACUGCAGGCAUCCCAUCCGUCCCAAGCCACCUCGACAAGGCGAGACAUUCUACAUUCGAUAUAUUCCCAGUCUGGGUCAGUACCUUACUUUCCGUGUUGCCUCACUAAGCAAACGCCCAAUCACCUACUCUGGACCCUUCUCCCAAGCAGGACCCGAAGGUUCACUUACAUCAGGGCGAGACAUUCUGCGGCAUCACAGCGCCCACUCCGACCCUGUAAUCCCUACCAUCAACACCACAGGCGCGAACCCCACGGAACCUCGCGAGACCACGAGCAUGACCGAUGUCGAGCUCCUAAACAAGUGGAUGAACGACCCGCGUGUGGCGCACAGCUGGGGCGAAGAGGGCCCUAUAUCACACCAGGAAGAAUUUCUAAAAGCCGGACUUACAUCGAAACACUCCAUACCCGUGAUUGGAUGCUUCGAUGGGAAACCAUUUGGAUACUUUGAAAUAUACUGGGUGAAAGAAGAUAAACUUGCCAGCUACCUCGGCGGAGCCGCUGACGAUUUCGAUCGGGGUCUACACGUUCUGGUUGGCGAACAAGAAUUCCGUGGCCAGCAUCGCUUCAAGGUUUGGAUCACCGCACUGGUCCACCACUGCUGGUUGGCCGACUCGAGGACCAACACUGUCAUGUUGGAGCCAAGAGUCGACAAUGAGAAAAUUCGAAAAUACCUCGAAGAUGUAGGAUUCUAUAAAGAGCGGGAAAUCUCUUUCCCACACAAACAGAGCAAUCUGAUGAAGAUCCGACGAGAAGCUUGGCAGGCACCAGCGAUAUAACAAUCUUCUGUUAUCUUAUGACAACGGAUGAUAAGAAACGGCCGAAUAACGAUGACGCCCAAAAUGGCAUUGCAGCAGCUAAAAUCUGUGCAAACUUUAGAGCAUAUUCCCCUUUCAACAUUUUCAGGUCGCCGCGGAACGUUGAGAAACGUUGAGCCGAAUUUGCACUCACGACCAACAAAUCCCAAAGUUGAAUCUGUUCUCAAUUCUCUAUCUUGAAGCCUUCUCAACCUGACAGUGUCGGCCAGUGUCGGCCGAUACCAGAAAUUCGUCCUGUAUAACGCCAUCUUAUUCGAAACCAAAGUUGCCGCGCCGAUACCGAUGCUUCUUCAUAAUAUCACGCGCAAGACCAACCCUUCCGAUCCUGUAGUAGCUGACUGGCUUCAAUUGCCUGCCUGCUUGCCAUUGCUGUUUCUUCUUCCACUCGCUAUACGAGAAAACCCAAAAAGCCAACCUCCCACCGCAUCUUUCCCAAAGAAGUUGUUGUUGAUAUCAUACCUAGCCAACAGCAUACCGCCAACAGCAUGCCGCCACCAGCUCCGACUUCCACCUCUACCGCAGCCGGUGUAACGUCCAACAACAAGAACAAACCUCGUCCCCUACUCAAAAAUCCAACAUCGGAUUCUCAAAAGACCUCUUCUCAUCCUUCCCCCUCCCUGUCACCUCACUCUCCUUCGUAGCCGAAAAAUCCCCAACAAGUCCCUAACUCGUCCUCCUAGGCCGAAUCUCCACCAAAUCAUCCUCCGAACUAUCAUCAUCAUCAUCAUCAUCAUCAUCAUCAAGCCCAUCAUCAU